AUUUGCAACUUGCAAGCAUUUUCUUUCUCUAGACUUGCAAGCAUUUUCUCUCUCUACUUCUCUCUCACCAUCUCUUGCAACAAAUCUCUCUGUGUGAAGCCAUGGAUGGAGGUGCUGCUGCCAUCGAAGUUCUUCUCCAAAACCUGAUCAAUGUUUUGAAGGAAGAGUAUUUUCUACGCCAAGGUCUCGAUGGAGAUUCCCAGCAGCUCCAGACAAAUUUGGGCAUGAUUCAAGCCUACUUGAAUGAUGCAGAGAAAAAAUUCAUCACCCAAGAUGCUGUCAAAUUCUGGUUGAGGAAGCUUGAAACUCUGGCUUUCGAUGCUGAUAAUGUCUUGGACGAACUCAGCUAUCAUUUUCUCCACAAAAAAGUGAAGAAGAUGAUGAAACUUAAGCAUAGGGCUGCAUCAUAUUUCUCUUCAUUUCAUCGCUGUUCAGGUCGGCAUAAUAUGGCUCUUGCAAUCAAAAAAAUCAAUACUGAGUUCGAGUGUAUGAACAAAAUGGCAAAAGAUCUUGGCCUUCAAAGCAUACUUCUUAAUGCACCUGUUGCUGCUGCUGAAACAUCCAUUGAGACUGAUUCGAUCAGUCGUGAUCCAAUCUUUAUUGGAAGAGAUGAUGAUGUGCCUGUACUAGUUGGCAUGGUCACCCAUAUCCCACAAGAUCAGAGCUUCUCAAUUGCUGCUCUUGUCGGAAUGGGGGGUAUGGGGAAGACUACGUUGGCCAAGAAAGUCUUCAACCAUGAAAGCGUAAAGGCUCGAUUCGGUUCACUUAUUUGGGUUCAUGUAUCUCAAACUUUUGAUGCAAUCAGUCUUUUCAACAAAAUCAAUUCAACAUUGACUUCAAAUACUGGUGAUAGAGUUGAGAUUAAGCAAGUUAUACUGGAAAAGCUUCAAGAAGCUCUCAAGGCUAAAACUUAUCUUCUUGUUCUUGAUGAUGUGUGGAAUGAAGAUGUUCUGAAAUGGAAAGACUUUAUGAAUUCUAUGGAGGGAGUAACAUCUACCAAUGGAAAUUGCAUUAUCAUCACUACCAGGAAGGAAAAUGUUGCUUCAAUUGCUGAGCCAUUUCUUGUUCAUCAUUUAAAAGGCUUGUCUAGUAAUGAUUGUUGGUCCAUUAUCAAAGCAAAUGCUUGUGAUGGAAAUGGAAAUGGAGAAAUUUCAUCAAGAUUUGAGAAUAUUGGAAGAGAGAUUGCAACAAGAUGUGAUGGUUUGCCUUUAGCUGCCAAUGUAGUUGGUGGUGUGCUUCGCCGCUGCAAGUCCGAACAAGAGUGGUGUGCGAUCAAAGACAACGGGCUCUCAGAUGAUGAAGGAGGUUGGGAAAUCGAGAAGGAUGAGCUGAUUGAACUAUGGAUGGGAGAAGGGUUUCUUCAACCAAGCCAACGACAUGAUAUGGAGUUCAUGGGAAACAGGUUUUUUAACAUGCUUCUGCAGAACUCUUUGUUGCAAGUUACAAGAAAUAAUUUUGGUAGAAGGGAAUAUUUUGUGAUGCAUGAUCUCGUGCAUGAUCUUGCAUCUUCUGUUUUAUCUAAUAAUGCAGAUGCAAAUACCCCAGCUCGAUACAUGUUUCUCAAAGAAGAAUCAAGGCAUAUUCCGGAACAAGAGGCCAAGCAUUUGCGAACAUUACUCUUGGAAACUCCUGGCACCAUAUUCUCUAACUUCAAAUGUCUGCGCAAUCUAAUUCUCGCUGGCGAAGGUUUUACAAAGUUGCCUGAUUCAGUUAGGGACUUGAUACAUUUGAGAAAUCUUAAUAUAUCGAGUACAGAAAUAAAAAACUUGCCGGAGUGGAUUGGUGAACUCCAUCACUUGCAAACACUAAGAGCAGAUUUAUGGAGAUUAGAGAAACUGCCAAGUACAUUGAAGUACUUGAUUAACUUAAGGCAUCUUUAUCUAGGGUGGGAAACAAAGUUACCUGCAGAGAUUGGGAAAUUAGCUAGUCUCCAAACACUUGAACACUUUAAAGUGGGUGAAGAGAAGGGCUACCAAAUUGAAGAGCUUGGAAGUUUGAAGAAUCUCAAAGGAUCACUAUGGAUUCAGAAUCUCGAAAGGGUGCGUGACAAGGAAGAGGCUAUGAAAGCAUAUCUGUUGCAGAAGUCAAACUUAUCUAAUUUGCGGUUAGAAUGGAAUGAGGAUAGUGGCACCGACGGAAAUUAUGAGAGUGUGUUGGAGGGCCUUCAACCUCAUGCAAAUCUGAAGGUGUUGGGGAUUGAUGGAUUCAAAGGCAUAACAUUUCCUGCAUGGUGUAAGAAGAUGGCAGUACGGAAUGGUUCUCAAGGGUCUUGGGUACCACUUGAUAACUUGAUUGAGAUAUCACUUUGCAAUUGCUCAGAGUGUGAGGAAAUCCCAAUGCUGGAUCACUCAUUGCCUAAUCUCAAAUCUCUUUAUUUGAUUAAUUUGAAGAAGGUUAGGUCCAUAAAUAUCCCCUGCAAAAAUUUAAAAUCUCUCGUUAUGUUCGGAUUACAGAGCUUACAAUAUCUGCCAGAAUCGUUAUUCUGUAACAAUCCAAGUCUCUCAAAUUUAGAGAUUGUGAAGUGCCCUGUGUUGAGUGAAUUACCAGAUGGGCUGGACACCCUCAAUUCUCUAGAAGAAUUGACUAUCAGGGACUGUCCAAAUCUGAAGUUGAUCAAGAAUCCAAGUGGUGGACCAAAAAACAAUCAAGGAAUCCUCCACGAGCUGAGAAUUAUAAAGUGCGAAAAGCUGAUGGCAUUGCCAUGUCAAAUUCUGGAGUCGUCUGCACCCACAAUCAAGACACUCGUAUUGGAAGAAUUAAGGAGCCUAAAGAAUCUACCGAUGCUAAUUGACUGCCUCGCUAAAUCAUCUCCUCGUCUCGAAGAAUUGACAAUCAGAGGUGUGCCUAAUUUCAUGGCUAGUGGUUUUAUUGGGAGUUGGAGUUUAGGCAGGUUGAAGGUGUUAUGUAUAGAUGUGAGUGUGGAGUGGUCAAUGGAGAGUAGUGUUGGCAUUAGAGAGACUGUGGAAGGCAUGCUGCAAGGAUGUGCCAACUCACUUGAAAUCUUAUAUUUGAAGUGGGUGGAAAACUGGGAGUGGAUGCCCCAAUCAAUUCAACACCUCACUGCUCUUUCUAACUUGAUGUUAGAGAAUAUAGGGGUACAAGAAUUGACCCAAUCUAUUCAACACCUCACUGCUCUUUCUUUUGGCUAG